GACAUCAGCACAGCUUCCUGCCGCCGGCACCGCUGCGCUGUGUGCUCACCCCUGCACCCCACAGGGCCCCUCAGAACCAUCACAGCCAGAGCCAUGGAGUCGGUGGCUCUGUACAGCUUCCAGACGACCGAGAAGGACGAGCUGCCCUUCCACAAAGGGGACACCCUGAAGAUCCUCAACAUGGAAGAUGACCAGAACUGGUACAAGGCUGAGCUGUACGGCUGCGAGGGCUUCGUCCCCAAGAACUACAUCAAGGUCAAGCCUCACCCGUGGUACGCGGGAAGGAUCUCCCGGCACCUGGCAGAGGAGCAGCUCCUCCAGCGCAGGCACAUGGGAGCCUUCCUGAUCCGAGACAGCGAGAGCGCUCCGGGGGAGUUCUCCAUCUCCGUCAACUACGGGCAGCACGUCCAGCACUUCAAGGUGCUCAGGGAGAGGAAAGGCAAAUACUACCUCUGGGAGGAGAAGUUCAACUCCCUCAACGAGCUGGUGGAUUUCUACAGGAGCAGCAGCAUCGCCAAACAGCAGCAGAUCUUCCUCCGGGACGAGGACCAGGGCCAGGAGGGCAGGAGACCCAGGUUCGUGCAGGCUCAGUUCGAUUUCUCCUCCCACGACUGCUCCCAGCUCCCCUUCCUCCGCGGGGACAUCAUCGAGGUCCUGGCCUGCCCCGACCCCAACUGGUGGCAGGGGAAGAUCUACGGGCGCGUCGGCCUCUUCCCUCGCAGCUACGUGCACCCCAUCUGCAGGUGAGCUGCUGCGGGCAGGCAGGGGGGGACCACGGCCCCGCUGCCCCCCGCUCACCGGAGCUGCUUUGGCCCCGGACACGGACUGCACAUCCCCUCGUCCCCAUGGAUGGUGCCGUCCCUCCGCAGGGCU